AUGGCGGCCAGAGUGUUGAAGUCGGUCCUGCGUAAAAACGCAGGAUUUUUCGGCGCUAACAGAUUAUUGUCGCCGAAUAAUGCGCCUGCGGUCGUCGACGUACGGCGUCGCGGCGUCAGGCAAUGGAACCCAGACGCCGAAUAUCUCAAGCAGUUCGAAAAACCGGUGUAUUACUCGCCGGAGGAAAUAUCGUGGACACCAUACUACAAGCGGUCGGAGCUUGUCCCGCUGCCUGCUCCGAAGCAAGUCAUACAGAACAUCAAGCUCAACUUCGGCCCGCAACAUCCAGCCGCUCACGGCGUACUCAGGCUGAUCUUGGAGCUGGAGGGUGAGAUAGUGAUCAGUGCUGAUCCCCACAUAGGUCUUUUGCACCGUGGCACGGAAAAGCUGAUCGAGUAUAAGACCUACAUGCAGGCUCUGCCCUACUUCGACCGUCUGGACUACGUUUCCAUGAUGUGCAAUGAGCAAUGCUUUUCCCUGGCUAUAGAAAAGCUACUCAACAUCGAUGUGCCGAUACGCGCUAAGUACAUUCGAGUUCUCUUUGGGGAGAUCACGAGGAUCCUGAAUCACAUCAUGGGCGUCGGCACGCACGCUUUGGAUGUCGGAGCGAUGACGCCUUUCUUCUGGCUCUUCGAGGAACGCGAGAAGCUGAUGGAGUUUUACGAGCGCGUGAGCGGUGCCCGCAUGCACGCGGCCUACAUAAGGCCGGGCGGUGUCUCUCUGGAUUUGCCGCUGGGUCUGAUGAAUGACAUUUACAACUGGGCCUCCAAGUACUCAGAGCGGCUGGACGAGGUGGAAGACUUGUUGACGGAGAACCGGAUCUGGCAGCAACGCACCAUCAACAUCGGCGUCGUGUCGGCGCAGGACGCGCUGAAUUGGGGAUUCAGUGGGGUGAUGUUGCGCGGCUCCGGGAUCAAGUGGGAUUUGAGAAAAGUCGCGCCUUACGACGCUUACGAUCUGGUCGAGUUCGACGUGCCGGUCGGCGUGAACGGCGACUGCUACGACAGGUACCUCUGCCGUGUCGAAGAGAUGCGCCAGUCCCUGCGCAUCAUUCACCAAUGCCUGAACCAGAUGCCCGAGGGCGAGGUGCGCUGCGAUGACGCCAAGAUAGUGCCGCCACGGCGGGAGGAGAUGAAGAACAGCAUGGAGGCUCUGAUCCAUCACUUCAAGCUGUACACGCAAGGUUUCCAGGUGCCACCGGGCGCUACGUACACCUCUAUCGAGGCGCCGAAGGGCGAGUUCGGCGUUUACCUCGUGAGCGACGGCAGCAGCAAGCCGUACAGAUGCAAAAUCAAGGCCCCGGGCUUCGCGCAUCUCUCAGCUCUGCACCACAUAGGGGUUAAGCACUUCCUUGCCGACGUGGUCGCCAUUAUCGGCACCUUGGACAUCGUGUUCGGCGAGAUCGACAGAUAGACAGAUAGACAAGAUUUAAUCCAUGCGAAUCAACUUUCAAUUUCUGUAUAGUAAUCGUAAACGUAUUUCUAGGAGCAAACGGAGACGAAUGAUAAUGAGGCGUUCCCGUUUACAGCAGCCAUGCAUAGUCUUGUGUUAAAAAGAAAUUUGUGUAUGCCUUGUAUACGCUUGUUGUAAAUAAAGUGCGUACGCAAACCAUACGAUGCGCGUACGCAGAUAUUGUACCUUCGUUGCAAUAAAGAAUGAACACAUAAACAGA